AUGGAGCCGGGGCCGUGGAGCCGGGUGCUGACGGCCCGCACGAGCGGCGGGCGGGGGGGACAUGGCGGGAGUGGGUGCUGCGCCCUCCGGCCGCGCCGGCCCGGGGGGCUGCACCCGCUCCGCGCCACCGUCCCCUUCCAACUGCAACAGCGCCGCGGAGACGGGGCCCGCGCAGCCAGUGUUCCCUGUGCCGUGGCCCCGGAGCAGCCGGGCCGUUCCCGCCGGACCUGCUCCCUGGACCCCAUCCUGGGCUCGUACCUGCUGGGACAGUGGCCCCGGGACAGGGACACCCCCCCCUGCACCAGGGACAAAGCCACCCAGAUUGCCAAGCUGAAGCAGCAGCUCCAGCGCACGAAGCUCAGCGGCAGGAAUGGGAAGGAGAGGGAGAAGAGCUGCCCAUUCCCAGGGGAUCACACGCUCCGUGGAUCACUCCAGGACUCUCCCUCCGGCUUCCCUUCUCCAUGUCCCGUCCUGAGGCUCAGCCCCUGCCUGCACAGGAGCCUGGAAGGGCUGAACCAGGAGCUGGAGGAGGUGUUUGUGAGGGAACAGGGAGAUGAGGAGCUGCUGAGGAUCCUGGAUGUCCCAGACGGGCACAGGGCGCCGGCGCCCGCCCAGCCAGACCCCCUGGACGACACCCCCUGGGACACCCCCCUGGCCCUGGAGCCGGGAAGUGGCAGCUGGAACAGCCUCUCCCUGUCCCCCUCCCCAUCCCUGCAGAGCCCGGGAAGGCCCUCGGAGGCACAGCCGGAGCCAAAGGAGAAAGAGGGGAGCAGCCCUUCUCCAGUGCUGGCCUUUGCCUCCUCCCCUCGUCCCAACCACAGCUACGUGUUCAAGCGGGAGCCUCCCGAGGGCUGCGAGAGAGUCCGAGCCUUCGAGGAGACCCUCUGCUCCAGCCCAUCCCAGCCUUUCCAGCCUUCCUGCCCGGACAAGAACAAGGUUCACUACCCCUCGGGCUCCGCCUUCUGCCCCGUUCGCCUGGUGCAGCCGCUCUUCCCGAACGUGGGAUUCCUCUUCCGGGGCUUCCCGGCUCCCCCCGGCCCCGGCCCCUUCCCCUCCUGCCAGCCCCCCCCAGCCCCCGCGGCUCCCGCCCGGAAUUGCGAGCCCUGGAAGCGCGGCCAGGCCGAGGAGAGCGUCGUGUUCCAGAGCUCCCUCGUGGUGUGAAUCCCUUGGGAAGGGCGGCACCGGCGCCUCCGGCUCCUCAGUGCCUUGGAGGUGGGAUGUGGCAGCCCCUGGGAUCGGGAAUUGGGGCGGAAUUCCCCCCAGGAUGGCAGAGACUGGGAAGGACAACGUGCCGUGGAUCCCUCGCUGCUGGGGGGGCUCGUUCCUGGAGCCUCCCCAGUCCAAAGCACUUUCCCGGGUCGGAUUGUCCUUGUUCCCUGUGGGAAGAGCAGAGGCAAAUCCCUGCUCCUCUGGGAACGAGGGGGAGCUGGGAAGACUCAGGUGGGGCUUCCCAGCACCUCCUGUUCCUGCUGGGACUGGGGAGAAGGGGCUGGAGCCGCCCUUGGAUGUGCCAGGCUGGAAUUGUGUCAGGUCCUGUCCCUCAGGGAGGGCGGGAGAGCAGCAGAUUCCUGGCUCUGCCUCCCCUUCCCUCCUCCAAACCUGGAGCCUCCAUGGAUCUCCUGGACUUUGUGUGGCUGAGGGUGACCUUGAGCUGCUCUCCCUGCCCUUCCAGGAGCCUGAUCCUGCAGGGAAAGGGCAUGGAAGUGGGAUCUGGCAGCACACACAGAUCCUGCUGCUUCCCAAAGAAACUUCUGAGCCGAGAGCCCAGAUGGGGCUGGGGGUGGAGGGAGGUCCAGGACCCUCAGCCUCAUCCAGGGGGAUCCAGGACUCUUGGCCUUAUCCAGAGGGAUCUGGGACCCUCAGCCUCGUCCAGGAGAGAUCUGGGAUCUGCAGCCCCAUCCAGGGGAGGUCUGGGACCCUCAGCCUUAUCCAGGGGUGUUCCAAGACCUUUGGCCUCACCCAGGGGGAUCCAGGACCCUCGGCCUCCCCAGGGCCGGACCCUGUGCAGGAUCAGGAGCCACAUCCAGCAGCUCCACCCUGUGAUGCCUUUGGAGUCCCCUCACACAGAGCAGGGACUGUGGAGCCUCUUCCCAGCAGGAGUUGGGAGCUGUGUCCUGUUCCAGGGGCUCUGGGAUGUUUUGGAGCCGCUGCUUCUCUCGUUCCUGGUGU